AUGCAACUCGUUCACGGGCCCGAAUUCACAAUUAACCUUGAGAAUGACCAUGUCAUUCUUCAUGGUACUGUCGACGAGUCAGCUGGUGUUAUCCUCCGUGGCACAGUGAUCCUCAAUUGCCAUGAGAACACAAAGAUCAAAUCCAUCAUCCUCAAAUUCCAAGGCAAAACCAAAGUGAAUUGGGUUGAAGGGCACGGAUCAAGUCAACGGCACUUUAAAGAGGAGCGUACGGUCAUUGAGCAUUCAUGGAACUUUUUGGAACCAAAGCGUAAGACGUAUCAUUUGGCAGUGGGUCGAUACAAGUGGGAUUUCGAGUUACCGCUCCCUGGCGAUCUACCCAGCACUGUUCAACAUGAUCUAGGACAAGUUUACUAUCGGUUGAAGGCUGUUGCCGAACGACCUGCUUUCUCAAUCAAUUAUGUGGCCAAACGCAACAUUCGAGUAUCCCGAGUCAUGCUUCCUUCAUCGCUCGAAUUAAACCAAUCGGUGGUGAUUUCAAACGAGUGGACAAACAAGCUUGCCUACAACAUUAGCGUACCUCGCAUGGUGUUUAGCUGUGGCAGCACGAUACCCGUCAGCUUUGAUUUGAUUCCGACUGCUCCCGGUCUUUCCGUUCGUGCCAUUUCCUGCACCCUCAAGGAAUACAUCACCUUGACAAGCCAUGAGCAUACAAGAAGUGAAGGCCGAGUCAUCAAAACAGUGCGUGAUGAGCAAUUUGCUCCUUCUAUGGAUCGAUGGACAAGGACAGAGGUACUCCAAGUGCCAAAUGAGCAUCAAGGACGUAUUCAAUCGGAUACUACAAGUGAGCUGAUCAAAAUCAAGCACAAGCUCAAAUUCACUGUUUCACUUAUCAACGGCGAUGGUCAUAUUUCAGAAUUACGUGCAGCUGUGCCUAUCAUCAUUGCCGCAGUAGCACCCGAUGAAGACGCCAAUCAAUUACCAGCCUAUGAAGACGCGUGGAAAACAUUGCCCUAUGACACUCGUACCAUUGAAGGCAUGAUUGCUUCUGGAAACUUGCCACAAUCUGUAGCCAUCGCUAUUCCCAAUGCAGCUGCCAAUCGUAUCCAAGAAAUUCCUGAUAGUGCCAAUAAUAGUGGGGAUGAAGGAGAACAGCAACAACAACAGCAGCAACAACAACAACCAUUACCAUGGGAAGGAUUUGAUUUAUCACGUGUGCCAUCCUACACCACUGCUGUACGAUCAGGUCGCUUGUACAGCUUCUCUGGUUCUCUCCCAACCUACGAAUCCAUUGCCAUCCCUGGUACCACCGCAUAA